AUUUACAGUGGAAUCGGAACCGAAUUAUAUUUACAAUUUAAAUUUUGAGCCGUAUUGAGGUUGGCCAAUUAAAGUGUGGCCAAUAUCCUUGUUUCACAUUUGGAAUGUGUGAGCGUCACUUCGUGUACUACUGAUUUUCAUACGCGAUUGAAAUCACUAGAGAAAUGCUCAUGUAAAAUAUAAUUGAAUAUUGCAAAAUUGUACGAUAUGUCGCUCUUAAAUUCUUCGACAAAAAUAUUUUAAUUUCAUUUUAUCGAUUGUUUCUGGGACUUAUUUCCCAGUCACUGUGGUCCGAAAAAACUGUGAAUCGGCGCUCAAUGAUAUUUGUUCAAGAAGAUGUCACAGUUGCAACAUUGCUGCUUGUUGCUGCUGCUAGUUUGCGGCCCCACCUCCGGCAGCUCCCCUACGCCCCCGCCGUGCUACUGCAGCACGGCAGAGAAGCUCUGGGUGGAGGUCGAGGCUCCGGUCACUGGAUGGUUCAGUAGACAAAGUUGUGUCUUAUUCAGGCGAUACUUCAAUGAAAACACUUACUUCGACUUAACUGUGAAAAUGGAGGGAACAGUCACGGAUUUAACACUGCACAGGGAACACCUCGAAGAUGAACAUCUGAACUACACCCAUGAGGAGAUAACUGUUUUGUGUCCUGAAGACGUUCAGGAGUGUAAGUGCAAGAAAUUGAUUAUCUCUGGACUGUCUGAAUACAACGGAAAAUACGUCAUGAACGACCAGAGCGAAGGCUUCGAUUCCGACGUAAGACCGACGUCGCGUACAUACAACGACGAUCAAAACAACGUUGAUUACGUCCAACCACAUCGAAAUAUUCAAGACCAAUUAGCUCCCGUUUAUCGUGGGUGGAAUAAUCUGGAGGCUACGACACAAACUCGUCGAGAUGACAAGUCAUAUGGUCGAGACAGCGAGUCACAUGGUCGAGAUAACGAGUCACAUGGUCGAGAUAACGCGUCACAUGGUCGAGACAACGAGUCACAUGGUCGAGAUAACGCGUCACAUGGUCGAGAUAACGAGUCACAUGGUCGAGACAACGAGUCACAUGGUCGAGAUAACGAGUCACAUGGUCGAGAUAACGAGUCACAUGGUCGAGAUAACGAGUCACAUGAAGAUGCCAUCCACGACAUACUUGGGGCGGGCCAGCUGGAGCCAACACACGACAUGUGCGUCAAAGCAAAAGAAUACGUCCUCAAGCACCGCGCUCACAUAUGGUGGUUCAGACCAGGUAUGAACAACGAAGAAUCCCGUCGAGAAAAAAAUGAACAUGUGUCCCAGUCACUGAUGGAGCCUGAAAUGAAACUUUUUGCAGGGGAAUGGCAGGGCAACUUUCCAAUAUUAAUGAAAUCGUUACCUGAGAAACCUUUGAAAAGUUACAAACAAAAGCGAUGGGCCGUCGCGGAACCGAAGGAUUACUUUUCCUCGUUGCAUGAGGAAGCCUUGCUGAAGGAACGUCCGUCAAAUUCGUUCUACCGGAAAAGAAAUGUCAACAAAAUUGUUACUGGAAAUACAUUACAUCAAGAAUUACAACAGGAAAAUGGGCUGCAAAAUUUCAUGGGAAAGAAGUGGAAGCAAGGUAAAUUGGAAGCAAAAAGGGAGGAAAAUAGAUUCAGUCCUCCAGUUCUCGCGACAGUCCAGGAUUCAGGACAUGAAAGCAGCUGCAAGUUUUAUCAUGAGCUGCUAUACGACGUGAGGCUACAGUGGAGUAUUGAGACAGAGAGCUGGAUAAUCGGCAAAGGGGCUGAAACCCUAGCGGUAAGCUACUCCACAUCACGAUGCCCCGACUCCGCUUCCGGCGACUGGUGGUGGGUAACGAACCAACAGCAGGGAAAUGUGGACAACAACCAGAACUUGAAUAACUAUAACGGCAAUAACCUGAACUCGGAAGCUAGUGUGAAUCGAGGAUUAAUAUUGAACUCGCUAGAUGAAUAUCAAUCAAACCCACAGACGGAGGAUGCCCAUGUACGCGCCAGAGAAAACGACACUCAAAACAAAAACCUGGAACGGGAACAGCAGAAACCUGAAGAUAUUGCCUUGAGUGAAUACGAAGAAAAUUUGUAUGACUUCUCUGUCAAAGAGACGGAAGAAAGAGGUGUUGAUGACAGAAAUGAAAUUCAGGAUCAAUUUUUGGACAUAACUGUAAACAUUACUUGUGGGGAAUGAUUUUUUGUGAUCUUUCUGUAAGCGAAGAAGAGGCAUUUAAUUAUGAUAACCAGUGGUAAUGAGGUAUAUUUCUGAAACCAUUCAUUUAGCAUAUUAAUACUUGGAAUAAAAUCCACAAGUAUAAUUACUUAUGCCAAUCUUUCAAAUCAUAUCAUUUGAUACGACUUGCAUGCGUACUUUGCGAGAAACGUGAUAUCGUAAAUAUAAAAUUUCUUUCAGCUUGCUAAGAUAUUUUGUAUAAUCAUGCAUAUCAUUGCUCGAUUAUGGUGUCCGAUCCAAGAUUGCCACUUUGUAUUCAAUCAAAAUUAACAUUUUUUAUAAUAGUUUUACAAUGCUAGUGCAUCAUAUAACUUGCGUUCUUACAUAUUACAUAGGGAUAUACGCAUCAGAUUUACUUUCUAUGUGUAUUUAUACCAAUAAAGAGAAUACAAGAU